UGGCAGUGCAGUCAGUGUGCUGUGUGCCGCAGGACUGUGUGGAUGUUCGUAAUAUACGUUAAGAAAAUGUGCCGUGGAGAAAACAGAAUAACAAGAGUUUAUUUACUUUUUGAACAAGUUAUUCUUUAAGAAAAUUACAAACGCGAUAUAUUUAACUGUCUUACGCAAGUGUUUGUAAACCAGUCCAAGAAUAAGAAACAAUCUUCAAGAAUGAGGACGCAUUACCGAUAUAUAUAUUUUUUUUCUUUACAAUAUUCGUAUAAAUCUAUAACUUGAAUCAUUUGAAUUCCGAAAGUCUCUUUGUGCUAGCCCUUGUCUCGUAGGCUACCUACGAAAGCGGCUUGAUCAGGUUACCGACUUACGUGCUUUGUCUAACAUCCGCGCAAUGUUGCUUCAUUUUUUACUGUGAUGUGCGUAAGCUGCAGAAGUCCUUAGAUUACACACAACAAGGGAAAAACACAUGGAAGAGUGUUCAGUCUUCCUUGGCAAUGAGGUGGAGAAAUUUUAUCCGUGUUAGAAGCAGCGCCGGUCAAAAUCACGACCUAGACGCAAUGGCAGCAAAGAGACUGGCGACACUGGUGGUGGUCGUGACAGUGGUGAGCGGCGUGGUUUACUUUCUUAUGGGCAUUAGUUACAACUACACCCAGCUGCCCCUGCCUCCUCCGCUUCCAAAAACUGCACUCCUACCCCUCGUGGCACAGAUAUCGGCCACGACCAGGCUGCCACCGUCACCAUCCACUGUACAGCAUCUCAAAGCCCCACCCAGUUCUCACGGACUUUCCCCCACCAAUUCCUCUCCACCCAUAACCCUAGCUCCUAAACUGUCCACGUUGUCACCCACUCCUUCCCCACUCGUCUUUCACAGCACCAGCACAACACUAUUGCCUGGUGACUCUAACUUGCCUUAUCCAAGCCUCACCCUAGAAAAUAUUACUGGUCCGCCCUCUAGUGUGUUCAAAGAGCCUAAACGUGAACGCAACGAUGAUGACUCCCACUUGAAGAAAAUACUGUUCUGGAAUGAUGAUUAUUACAACAAGCACUUUGGGUUUGGUUUCGGCCGCGAGCCCUUCCUGGCGGCCGGGUGCCGCGUCAACACGUGCACCACCACAGGGGACAGGACGCGCUACCCACUCGAGAAGAUUGAUGCGGUGAUUUGGCACUUCAGGUCCAGCGACAGAUCCUUGCCACCGUUCAGGUCCCCGCACACCCGCUACGUGAUGUGGCUGAUGGAGUCACCUGCGUACCUUUACGGAGACCUUCAUGAAUACAACAAGGUCUUCAACUGGACCUUCACCUAUAGGCUGGACUCAGAUUUCCUUUUACGAUACAACCAAGUGUUUCGUCGCCGUGAUCCGCUGCCUCCCACAGACCGCAAUUAUGCUGCUGGGAAAACUAAACUCGCAGCCUGGUUUGUCUCCCAUUGCACAACGGACUCGGGUAGGAUCACACUAACCAGGACGCUGCAGCAGUGGAUUCCAGUGGACGUGUUUGGAGCUUGUGGACCGUUUGAGUGCCCAAGAAAACACACAAAAGAAUGUUAUGAAAUGCUCAAUGUCUCCUAUAAAUUCUAUUUCUCUUUUGAGAACUCGCUGUGCCGCGACUACAUCACAGAGAAGUUUUUCAACAUUUUAAGGCUGGACGUGGUGCCCGUGGUGUUUGGUCUGGGGAACUACUCUGUUAUGGCGCCACCUCACUCCUACAUAGACGCACUCAGCUUCCCAUCAGUGAGUGCACUGGCCGCCUACCUCCUCUACCUCCACCACAAUGACACCGCUUACAAUGAGUAUUUCAGGUGGAAGAGGUUUCACAAGCAAUUCAGCAUGUGGGCGUUGAGUUCGCAGGAGUACUGUUCUCUGUGUGAGCGCCUGCACACCGACAACACCACCAACACCUACGAUAUCUACAAAUGGUAUGUUGAAGACGCACACUGCAAGAGCAAAAAUAGCCCAGACAUAUAUGACUUUAUUAAUGCUGCUCCACGAACCAGCACCACGAAUACUAGGAAGCUUCUUAUCUAUAUUAUGAUAAUGGUAAUCCUUGAGAGGUUGUCUUAAUGAGGCUGUUCAACUGUACCUUGGUAUGGUAUCCGUGUCACUCGUUUUGAUGUGGUCAGACCAAACGCUUAGGAUAUAUUCAAUUUGUAUUUUGCCCAUUUGUGUACUUUUUUUUUCUUCAUGGAUCAACACACACACACACACACACACACACACACACACACACACACACACACACACACACACACACACACACACACACACACACACACACACACACACACACACACACACACACAUGUUUGAUAUUAAUUGGGGAAAAAAAACAUAACAAAACAGGGAAUUACGAGCUUGACUCAAUUCUGUACAGUCACAAAUUGUACUAUAUUCAUGUACUUAAAAAAAAGAAA